CUAUUUUCGAUUGCGCUACACAAAUAUUUACAACAAGGGAUGCCAGAUAUGCUACUAACAAAUUCUCUAUAGAUGUGAGAUACGUAAAACAGUCCAGCCCCUAUGGUAUCCCGAACAAAUGAUAAUACCCAUCUUAUUGUUGACAAACAAGUCUGGACUUUCCGAUUACGAAGGCUGUGUGUUGAUACGCACUUGGUCAGCAUUUCCCGUAUCACUUCAGUGGCUCAUUGCUCGGUUUUUGUUGCUAGUGCGUAGCUGAAACUACUUAUUAGACCUUUUUGAACAGUCAUUGCUUCUUGUACAAGAGGCUGUGAGUAGGGUCUUAAGAGAAAAUACUUUUGAGGAGUUUGUGUGAUUGCGGGACGUCACUUACGAGCGAGGUGGUUUUAUUACCGUUACUUUUUAUUGAAUCCUUGUUAUGGUUCUUGUUGGUCAUAUGUAAACAGGGAAGCUAAGAUUCUUCUGAAGAUGUUUCAAAAUUUAGGCAAGAAGCGACAGUGGAAAGUGGAAGACUCGGAUCCCCAGCAAGAACUUCACAAAUGUGUCCAAGGGGCAACACUGGAGGUCUUGAGAAGCAACAUAUGCUUUGUGUGAAAUUUACAGGUAAACAACUUGGCACUGGAGCCUAUGGUCCUUCUUUCAAGGCCAAAUUGACAGACCACCCUGGUGGGUCCUCUGAUAUUGUGGUUAGAAAAUAUAAGAUCCCAAAGGAUAGGUGCACUGGUCAUGAGGUCUUUGAAGAACUCAGAGUGAGGCUACACAUUGGAAAACAUGUUAACAUUGUUAAUUUGAUUGGGGUCAACACUUUGAAUAUUUCCAAAGGUAAACUGUGGAUGCUUUUAGAAUAUUGUGAGUUAGACGUCUUGUCCUUUCUGCGAAGGAACCACAGUCGCUACAAAGAGGAGGGGCCUGACAGUUCAGCAACAAGACUUGCACAGCGGCAAUAUGAUAAUGAUCCAGAAUCCAGUGACGUUAACAAAAUUCCAAGCAUACAUAAAGAUUUAAACAGAAGAUGCCUAUUACUGUGGGGAAAGCAGGCAGCAGAAGGGAUGGAUUUCCUAGCAAGUAAAAGUGUUGUGCAUGGGAGUUUAUGUGCUGCAAACCUGCUACUUACAAGUAAUGGUAUUGUAAAAGUGACUGGGUUCGAAAGACCACAGGAGAUUUACAUAGACACAAAACAUAUAAUUAGAGAUGAGAUCUCCCUGUCAUUAAAAUGGAUGGCAACAGAGACCCUAAGUGAAAGAACAUUUAGUAUCAAGAGUGACAUUUGGGCCUAUGGUAUUGUUCUUUGGGAAAUAUUUUCUCUUGGUUCGACUCCAUAUCCGGACAUACCUGUAACAACAGACUUCAUUGACAAAUUAGUAAAUGGAUUGCGCAACAAAAAGCCAAAAUGUGCCAAGGACUUUGAGUAUAAUUUGAUGUUAGCGUGCUGGGGGCAUGAUCCACUAUCAAGACCUACUUAUUCGGAAAUUAUACAUCAAUUGCAAGAGGUUUUAGAAAAGUAGUGUACUGAGGAGUACUGAGUUUUACAGAGCUGACAAUCUCCAUCGUUGUACAUCAGAAAACAGGAAGAUUUGUUGAUGUCUGGUAGAAAAGUUGUCUGUUUCAAUAGCUCAGGUCUCUUGCAGACAGGUUAUCCAAUGUGUUAUUUAAGACAUCUGUUGAGGUCAAAGAAUAUCUGAUUGAGAGGGAACAUCUAGACACAUUUGUGUUUUUCAGAUUACAGUAGGUGUGACCUGCCAAAAUUAUGCAAUGCAUGUGUUAAGCAUACUGUGAAAGCCUUGCUGGAAAAGGAGGCUUGACAAGUAGACCACGAUGAGAAAAAAAUGAAAAUAUAUGUCUUUGUUUAUU